AUUGGAUUUUUCUUACUUCAUGAUCAUCCCUACCUAGCUCAAUAUCCUUGCCCUAAUUCUUAAUUUCAUUCAUUCCGAUCCUUAUAGACGUACAUCCAAUUAUGGGUGACUCUUCUGCUUCAUACAUACACAUGGUACAACACAUGAUAGAGAAGUGUUUGAUCUUCAAGAUGAGCAAAGAAGAGUGCAUGGAAGCCCUUUCUAAACAUGCAAAUAUCAAACCUGUCAUCACCUCAACCGUGUGGAAAGAGUUAGAGAAGGAAAACAAGGAGUUCUUUGAGUCAUACUCCGCGUCCCAAUCUUCAAGCGGAUCAAAUCGUUUGUCUGAAGCUCAAACUAGCGAGUUGAUUCAAAAGAUGAUAGCGGACAAUCAAUCAAACAACUCAGAUAAAGAUGACGACGACUAAUUAGCUUCGUACGUGUUGAUCAAUAAAACAUAUAUAUGCCAUAUAAUAUGUUAACUAUAUAUUUCUAGCUAGCUAGUAGUAUCGACAUAUAUAUGUACAGGGUGAAGCAUGCAUUAUUAAUGGUCGUACGUCUUACCAGCCUGAAGAGUGAGAUGACUAUAUUGCCCUUGGACAAUGAUUAGCUCAUUUCAGAAAUGAUAUAUAUAUAUAUAGGGGUCUUUCAAUAUAUAAAUUCAGAUGGGGGGUGGGGAUAUUGAAUCUUAGUGUAUCAAAUGUGCUAGGAAUUUAAGAAGUCACUGUCCAAUGCGUGCUUCAACAUAAUAUGUAACAACAUUGGUGAGAUCUCAUUUGAUGUGAAUAUGUAUAUAUAUAUUUGUUCCUUUUUUGUUCU